CAGACACAUUUGGCCAGCCGCAGUGGGCUGUUAUGGUCUUAUGCUGGUUCCGGGGCCGCUGGCAGCCUCCGUAAGCUCCGAGUCCAGAGAGUGAUGCUCCGCCUGACAGCGUCGUCCCACACUGGUCCCCGCCGGAGGUGAAGCGGAUAUUCUCCAGGAACCAACAAAUAACUAUGCAUUGUCUGUGAACAACUAGUCAUGGCUCAUAGGAAGAGGCCAGGAUCUUUUGGGGGAAACAGCAUGGCUGCUUCUGUCUCCACCUCCUGUCCUGCUCCUCAUCCUACAGAGUCAUGUGACGUACAAGCCCUCCCUCCUCGGAGACCACCAGUACGAUACCCUAAAGUAUCACACGAUCCAAAGCAACCUCCCCGCUCCUGUAAGCCCCAAUAUCAAGCCACUACGUUUCAAGAAGUUGUUCGAAAAAGACCAGAAGUGCAAGCUGUAAGUCAGCAAGCUGAGGCAGAAGAUGAACUGAGGCGAUAUGGCACCAAGACUAAAGAGGAAGCUGAACUUCUGAGACCCAAAGCGCAGCCGGUGAUCGAGGAUGAGCAAGUCCAUGACCUUGAUGGCCACCAGCCGCCGGAUUUCAACGACGGUACAGACAGCCUUGAUGACGAUUCCAGCUCUGACUAUAUCAACAACUCCUCUGAAGAUGAGGAGGACUAUGACGAUGGAUUGGCAGAGGAAGAUGAGGGGGUCACAUACUACAUUCGCUACUGCCCAGAAGAUGACACCUACAUGGAAGGAACUGAUCACAGCACCCAGGGGGGCUGUAACCACAACCACCACCAGGAGGAGCCGAGCGUCAUACAGCAGGAUGAAGACCACCCCGAUCCAUGUCAGGAAAGUGAAGAGAGGUGGACUGAGGAAGGUAGACCAGAAGCAGAGGUGAGAGAAGAUGAGUGGGUGGAUGAUGCAGAGGCUGAUGCUGCAGCAAGAGAAGAAUGGAGAGAAGAAGAUAAGGAGGUGAGGGAGGAGUGGCAUGAAGAAGAAGAAGAAGAGGUUCAGGAAGAGUGGAGAGAGGGGAAUGAUGAUGGUAAAGCAGAAUGGACAGAAGGGGGUGAGGAGACAAGAGAAGAGUGGAGAGAGGGUGAUGAAGGAGAGACAGAAGAAUGGAGAGAGGGUGAUGAAGAAGGGAGGGAAGAAUGGAGAGAGGGAGAUGAAGAAGGGAGGGAAAAGUGGAGAGAGGGUGAUGAAGAGGGGAGGGAAGAGUGGAUAGAGGGAGAUGAGGACGGGAGGGAGGAGUGGCGAGAAGGAGAUGAGGAGUCAAGAGAUUGGAGAGAAGGAAAUGAGGGUGGUACGGAGGAAUGGCGGGAAGCAGAUGCAGAAGAGAGAGAAGAGUGGAAUGAAGACGAGGAGAAGGAUUGGAGAGAAGGUGAGGAGGAGGGAGGGGAGGUGUGGACAGAGGAAGAGUCAGAGGGUCAACACAAGUGGAGGGAAGAGGAUGAAGAGAAGAGGGAGGACAGUACUGGAGAGGUCCAAGUCAGGCAGGAGCACUGGAGAGGAAGAGAGCGUCACAGAGCAGACGAGUGGGCUGAAGGAGAAGUGCGCUGUGAGGUGGUGGAACAGGAUCCUGAUGAACAGAUAUAUAAUGGGAGGCCAGAGCCCAUCCUGGACCACCACCGGCAUCAUCAUCAUCACCGGCAUCAUCACCAUCACUCCUCCCAGCAAGAGACCCACCAAGGCUCUGUUGAUGAUGACGAGGGAGAGAGUGAAGAUUACUGCCCGCAUGAUGAAGAGGAGGAUGAAGGUGAUGAUGAGGAGCAACAUGGAGGGGCUUACCGAGAGGACUACUAUGGCCCAGAGGAUAACGGCAACUCUGUGGCCCCGUAUGGAGGCCGGAAGGUUCUCGUGGUUGAAGGGGAGACAGGGGAAGAGGCGGAAGAAGAUAUCGAUCAGAUAGUCGCUGAGAUAAAGAUGAGCAUGAGCAUGGGAAGUCUUAGCAGUGGAACCGACCAAAGUCCAGAGGAGCUUGCCCAGGACCCUCCAACGGGUGACUACCUUCAUAUCAAGCCCAGCACAGCGGCGUACCCACCGGCACAUCACAGUCACAGCAGCAGACCCAAGUCUCUCAACCUUCCCUCCAUGCACCAUAACAACCCCGAUCUCCAGAGAAGCAUCAAGGCUCACCCCUGCUCACCUGAAGACCGCCAGAGAUGGACACAAGAACAGGUGAGCAAUGGAGCGGAGCAGCCCAGAAAACAGCAGCGCUCUGACCUCAAUAUUCCGCUGGAGAACAACAACGUACCCGAGCCGUCAAAGAAAGUCGCAUCAUUCCCAAGCUUCGUUGAUGUCCCAGGACCCUGUGAGCCGGAAGACCUGAUUGAUGGGAUUAUUUUUGCUGCUAACUACUUGGGCUCCACUCAGCUGCUGUCUGAGAGGAAUCCGUCCAAGAACAUACGCAUGAUGCAAGCCCAGGAGGCGGUCAGCAGGGUCAAGAGGGCGCAGAAGGCUGCCAAAAUCAAGAAAAAGGCGAGUGCAGAUGGCGACACUCAGACCCUGACAGAGGUGGAUCUGUUCAUCUCCACACAGAGGAUCAAGGUCCUGAACGCAGAUUCACAGGAAACCAUGAUGGACAACGCACUCAGGACCAUUUCCUACAUCGCCGACAUUGGAAACAUUGUGGUGCUAAUGGCGAGGCGACGGAUGCCGCGCACCGCCUCCCAAGACUGCAUCGAAACCACGCCCGGUGCACCGGAAGCCAAGAAGCAGUACAAGAUGAUCUGUCACGUCUUUGAGUCAGAAGAUGCUCAGCUCAUCGCUCAGUCCAUCGGCCAAGCUUUUAGUGUGGCCUACCAGGAGUUCCUGCGAGCCAACGGCAUCAACCCAGAGGACCUGAGCCAAAAAGAGUACAGUGACAUCAUCAACACACAAGAGAUGUACAACGAUGAUCUCAUUCACUUCUCCAACUCGGAAAACUGCAAAGAGCUCCAGCUGGAGAAGAGCAAAGGGGAGAUCCUGGGUGUGGUGAUCGUGGAGUCUGGCUGGGGCUCCAUCCUGCCCACGGUGAUUUUGGCCAACAUGAUGAACGGCGGUCCGGCCGCACGUUCAGGCAAGCUGAGCAUCGGAGACCAGAUCAUGUCCAUCAAUAACACCAGCCUCGUGGGGCUGCCGCUCGCGACCUGUCAGGGAAUCAUCAAGGGCUUAAAGAACCAGGUGCAGGUGAAAAUGAACAUUGUCAGCUGCCCUCCAGUCACCACCGUCCUCAUCAAAAGACCUGACCUGAAGUAUCAGCUGGGCUUCAGUGUGCAGAAUGGCAUCAUAUGCAGUCUGAUGCGAGGAGGCAUCGCUGAGAGAGGAGGGGUCCGUGUGGGUCACCGGAUCAUUGAGAUCAAUGGACAGAGCGUGGUGGCCACGGCACACGAGAAGAUCGUCCAGGCCCUUUCUAAUUCGGUCGGAGAGAUCCACAUGAAGACCAUGCCUGCGGCCAUGUUCAGACUCCUGACAGGACAGGAGACCCCCAUGUACAUAUGAAUGAUGUUGGGGUGUCCAGGAUGGUCUCAGUGAGUGAUCAGAUGACUCUCCGCCAGAGGAACAGACGACCGCUCCCUCCCUGUGUUCCUCAUGGACGACGACGUCGGCUCUGUCUUUUGUGCCAUCGAAGCUUUUUUGUUCUCACCUGACCAGCAGAACCAUUUAUUGAUUCAGCUCGCUCUUGCUUCUCACCUCUGUUCUGAUACGAAUGACCCGGCUGAGUAAACGUGUCGUGCUUUAUUUUGAGAAGAUGAAAUACCGCCAUGUAACCAUUGUUAUACUAUACACUUGUAUAGCUCUUAUUUCGUCCUCCAUCUAUUUAUUUGUCAUGUAAAUACAUAUUUUGCUAACUAAAGGGCCACAGGAAGGGGGUGGGGCGGUCCAAGGUGAUGUAUAUAGUGAUGAAAUCUUCUUGAAUUGUAAGCUGGCAAAAAAAAACAACAACCACUAACAGCCAAAUAUCACUGUAGUUUCCAUUGAAAAUGGAGACAAUUCUGCGGUUUGAACAGAAGGAGUUGUCGUAACUGGACGUGUACUGAACAGCGCUUGCAGCAGGGGAUGAUGGGAGAAACGCCAUAUCCUUUUGAUUUUUUUCAUAACAGCAAUACACUCUGUCACACUCUCGAGUCUUUUGUAAAUCUCACAACGUCAUGCAAUUCAACAGAAUCUAAAUAUGCAGCUGUGUGGUUUUGAUUUCCAACUGUCUGAAAAAAAGGAAGUUGUUUGGUGUGCUGCUCCGACGUCCGUAUUCGGAGUGAAUCGUGAAUGUAACCGUGUCGUGUGGGUGGUUCCAUCGCCAUCAAGCAGUAUUAGAAUGUGUGUACAUAAUGAGGAAUUUGUUCCGUAUCGUGUUCAUGUAAAGAAGUCAUCCAAGCUCACAGGUUCUGUCACCGGAAACAUCCGCCCACUUGUUUGUUGGCUGACGGCCGUGUGGGAUGAGGGAUCAGCGAAUCUCGCACUGUGACUGCAGCAGAGGGUUCUGCAGCGCACCAUAGUCGACUCUAACCUGAACAUUAUCUGUGUGCAUGCCUUGUAGUGUCACGUCAUUGUGGAGAAUAAAAUCUCAGAUAAAA